CAAUCGUGAAAGAAAAAAAAACUCAAAAUAAAUUGCAGUUUCCUCUUCUCUUUCACUCACUCCCCAACACUAAAAAAAUUUCAAAAAUGGCGAUCACCGUAUUCGAAGCUUGCAAGAAAAGAAAACGAACCCCAAAAAACAUCUUCGACACUUCGCAAUUCUCCGAUAACAAUUCUUCCACUAAUUUCAAAAUGGAAUUCUCCCGUUCUUUCCGUGAAAACAUCAAAGAAUUUCUCAAACGCUGCGCCGAGUCGGAAGAUUAUCAACUCGCCGGAGUUAACCCUGUUUAUUGCGCUUUACUUGUUCACGAAUCAACCGGCGUCGUUUUCCCUUUAUUUAUCGUCGAGGAAUCCGUUUUUCUUGUGAAAGACUCCUCCUCCUCUCCGUCUCCUCCUCAUCACCACCACCAUCACCGCCGCCGUCUCCAAGAACAACAACCGCCGCUUUGUGACUUCUGUAGAUUCGUCGGGUGGAGUCAUCAUUUUGUUUCGAAACGGAAUUAUCAUUUUAUUAUACCUGAUGAUGAUAAAUGGAACAAACCCUUGAAGAAUGAUUCACUUAACCAUCAGAAUCAUCUGUUACAUGGUGUAAUCCAUUGUAAUGGAUUUGGUCAUUUGCUUUCCCUCAAGAUCGAAUCGAAUUCGGAUUCUCUUAAUAGUGAUGAACUCAUGAAUCUCUGGGAUAAUCUCUGUUCUUGUCUUCAAACACGUGAUAUUUCAGUGCAUGAUUUGUCAAAGAAGGGGACUAUGGAUUUAAGAUUGCUUCAUGGAGUUGCGUAUGGUCGUUCUUGGUUUGGGAAAUGGGAUUAUAAGUUACGCCGGGGGAGUUUCGGAGUUAAAAAGCAGAAAUAUAAUCGAGCUAUUGAGAUUCUUAGUUCUUUAGAGCUUAGUAAGAUUGUGAGUGACUUUGUUAAAUGGAAACGAGGUAAGUUAAUUCAACAAAUUGUACAGACUUAUAGCGAUGUUAGUGAGACCGAGUUGGUUACGAUUAGAGAUUUGAUACAAUUCAUGCUUGCUUUUGAGUCUAAACCACUUAUUCAAAGAAAAACUGCAUUAGCAUUGGCUUCAGUGUCGUUUGAAUCUUCGAGAGAAACAACCCGUCAAAUUAAACCUUCUGUACGUAGUGAUUAUCGAUCACUUGAUGCUUUUGUUGCUAAAUUAGAUGGUAGAUGGCCUAAGCGGAGAUUUGAGCAGGCAGUUGAAGUGAUUUUUCAGUGUUUGGAAGCAAAAGGGUCUGCAAUGCUCCGCGCAGACUUGAGAGGUGACGUUAGAAAAGAAAUUGGUGAUACUGGUUUGAUUGAUUUUGUGCUAAAGCACAUAGAUAAAGUUACUUUGGGAAGUAAAGCUAUUGUUCGCACAACGAAGCCGGUGAACAAAUUGUUAGAAUUUUCACUUGAAAAUGUAUCUGAUGAAGCUACACCAAUUGAAAUGAAAACAGAAUCGCGUAUUGAUGUGCCAUCGUUGAAGCCGGGUCUAGAUGUUUAUAAGGAUUUACUUUUCCUGUACAAGAAUGUUUUGCUGGGCUACCCUGAUUAUCACGCAGUUGCUAUUGCUGUUGGUGUAAUCAUAGACUGCAAGCAUUUUGUUAAGGAGUGGCAAUUUAAGAGCGAUAAUGAGGAUCCAGUGCUGAAGCUAAACUGCCAAGUUAGGCCAAGUUAUGAUGAGUUAGUGAAUGACUUAACUCGGCCACUACCGCCGGGUGAACCAGUGAUGGCUCCUGAGUGUGCAACAGUCGGUGAGCUUAAAUUAACAGUGCAAUGUGCAUUAAGAGACACUUACUGCAUAACGGAUAAGUUUAUAGUGAAUGACAUAAAGAUUGGGGAAUUAGCAAUAAAAGAGGAUCAGGAUUUGCUUAAAUGUGGAGUGAAACAGGGUAUGCAAGUUUGGGUUAGAGGGUGUGACCUGGACUUGGAUACAAAACUGCGAUAUCAAGGCGGGGAUAAUGAUUGGACCGUGGAUUGUAAAUGCGGGGCAAAGGAUGAUGACGGGGAACGAAUGGUGGAAUGUGAUGCUUGCCAUGUUUGGCAGCAUACUAGGUGUAACAGCAUAAAGGAUGACGCUUCCCCUCCGACUUUGUAUUUAUGUCGUACGUGUAAUUCCAGGAUGAAGAAGUUGUCUUCAUGAUCUGUAUCCGUUGACAAAAACGGAUCUGGUAGUUCGCGUAUUUUACGCAGUAUAAUUGAGUUUGAACAGUUUAAUGUAGUAGAAUUUUAUACAGAUCUCAGGUUUUUAUUUAAGAGUCUGCUAGAUCUCAGGUUUAGGAAUCUGAUUCUUUUUUUCUUUGUUCAAAUUAUUAUUAAGUUAACAAAUAGAUCAGUUUGCAA